AUGGUUGCAGGUGCUCCGACUGAGCAUGCACUUACGGUUGACAUGCUCUCUGAAGCAGGCAAGACCCUGUGGAGGGAGAUCGAAACUACCAUCCCCAAUGCAACGGUGUCUGAUUUCUUCGUCAAGCCAAGAGAGCAUUUUCGGCGAUCUGACAGCGAGUGGGAUCAUAUUGUUCAUGGAUCUAGCAUCGAGGGAGGCUUCUCUACCGCCGGCGGUGCCCACGAAAGCCUUGAAAAGUACGGUCUCAGAGUGAAAGUUGUCGACCCAAGCAAGCUUGGAGUUGAUCCCGGUGUCAAGCAAUACAGUGGCUAUCUCGACGACCAUGGCAGCGGAAAGCAUCUUUUCUUCUGGUUCUUUGAAUCUCGAAAUGACCCAAAGAAGGACCCUAUCGUGUUGUGGCUCAAUGGCGGCCCUGGAUGUUCAUCUAUGACCGGCCUUCUCAUGGAACUCGGCCCUUCACGAGUCGAUCAGAAUCUCAAGCUUGUGCAUAACCCAUAUGCAUGGAACAGCAAAGCCUCCAUUCUUUUCCUUGAUCAGCCCGUUAAUACGGGGUUUUCCUAUAGUGAUACCCCAGUCAGCGAUACCGUCUCGGCUUCCAAAGACGUCUAUGCCUUUUUGAAAAUGUGGUUCAAGCAGUUUCCGGAGUACUCUACUCUCCCUUUGCACAUUGCUGGCGAAUCCUAUGCAGGCCACUACAUCCCUCAAUAUGCUUCGGAUAUCCUUGAGCAUGGAGGCAUCAACCUCAAGUCCAUCAUGAUUGGUAACGGAAUUACUGACCCUAAAACUCAAGCUGCCGGUUACGAACCGACGGGCUGCGGCAAGGGCGGAUACCCUGCUGUCCUCAGCCCAGGCAUCUGCACCCAGCUAGAACGCGCUCUUCCCGAAUGCCAGCAAGCCAUACAAGCCUGCUACGAUACCAUGGACACGCGCACCUGCAUCAAUUCCGCCAAUACCUGCAACUCAUAUUUCAUUAACCUUUUCCCACCCACCCGCAAUAUCUACGACAUACGCUACCCGUGCAAGGACCGGACCAACCGCUGCUAUCCCAUCCUGGGUUGGAUCACCCGCUGGCUCAACCAGCCGAACGUCAUUGAGGCCGUAGGCGCCGAAGUCCGUAGGUUCGAAGCCUGCAGUAGCAAGGUUCACCUUGCUUUUUUCAACAGCGGUGACACGUCUCGUCCAUACCACCGCAAGGUUCCCGGUAUCCUCGCGAAGAUCCCAGUCCUUAUCUAUGCUGGAGAUGCGGACUAUUCCUGCAGCUGGAUUGGCAACCGGAUGUGGGUUGAGGCUCUCGACUGGCCUGGUAGGGCUGAGUUCGUCGCUCAGCCGCUGAAGGAUAUCAAGAUAGGUCGUAAGAAGUACGGCAAGUUCAAGUCCUAUAAGAAUCUUGCCUUAUUGCGUAUUAACCAGGCUGGCCACUUUGUCCCCUAUGAUCAGCCAGCGGUAGCUUUGGAUUUCUUCACUAAAUGGAUCACUGGUAAGCUGAAGUAG